UAUUGGUCGAAGCGGUGAGCGAGGAGCGUGAGUUAUAAACGUACUGCGGACGCCCUUCAGCUGUUGUCGGAGACGAAGGGAAGCGGCGUUGUUUUUGUUGAUGCUGCGUGCCUCUGUGUGUACAUAAGCUCGUCGCCGCUCGCCGGUAUUUGUAAAUACCACCAGGGCUUUUCGCUCGGGCGGGUUGGUUUUGGGUAGACGGUGGGUUCAGAAGCGAUCCGGAGUGUCGAGAGUCAGCGGUGAGCGAACAAUCGCAGGAAGUAGGUCGCUUCAGCGCGGCCGCCAUUUGUUGCCCGGGUAAGCCGCGUAUAAGGAGCUUUUUCUUCCGCCGCCGGAGAAAGGCGUCGACGCUAGCUCGCCAUCUUCCCACAGCGCCUUCGUGAAGUUCAGCAUCGUUGCAUGGUGACUGCGGAUGUCCAUCGCCCCUCACGUCCUUUCCUCGGGGUUUUAGCCCGACGUCGCAAGCGGUGGAGGUGGUGUGGGGCCGCGAUGCACCCGCUGCUUUUGCCCUGUCCGCCAUCAGUCCCCUUCCCCGUCAGUACCUACAACAGCGCCAAGACCGCCGCUGGUAACUGCCACCGUCCGCAGCAGCAGAGCAAGUCGGCGGCCAGCCGGUCUCGGAAGUUACGGUCGGCUGCGUCCACCAUUACGCUGCUCCAGAAACACACGCAUCAGCAGCACCUGAGGACGCCACAGCCAGGCUGCCGGAGCGCAACCGGCGCCACGUCGACGGGCCCGAGGACCCCCCUGGUCGCCGCCGCCGCUUCGUCCGCAUCGGUGGACGAGCGCACCAAGGAAGAAAAGGUGUUUAAUUCAAACAUGGAAAGAUACAAAGAAACAAUAUCUCAUCAUUCACAGUUUGUAUAUUCUGUAAAUAACACAGAAGAAUGCUUUCAAGCCUUAAAUGCAACUAAGAAAAGAAAUAAGCGUAACCUACUGCCGAAAAAAGCAUCAGUAAAAAGAAAUGAAAACAGCCAUAGCCAGAAUGUGCUUCCUCCUGAAGGCUGCAACAUUCUCAAAAAAGAAGGGGGAAAGCCUAUUACUCCUGGAAACAACUACAGAAGUCUAAAAAUACAGAAAGUUGGUCUGAGGUCGAUAACAACUCUUCAGGGAGAUCAGAACUAUGCUGGGCCAAAGUUUAGUGAGCCGCCAUCUCCCAGUGUUCUACCUAAACCACCAAGCCAUUGGGUAGGGGUACAUACUGAUUAUUCUGAAGAUGGGAAUAAGGAAAUAAUGACUGUCCAUUUAAAAACUUUACUGAAAGUUAAUGCAUAAUUCAAGAACAUUUAAAGUUUGUGUAAUUGAGUUAAAGGCUGUCAUUCGAGAUUCAACGUCGUGGCAGCAGUAGGUGCAGCAUUUUAAACUAUUGUAAAUUUGAUUGUUUUUGGUAUAAGCAUAUACAUACAAGUGGUGCUAGUGAUAAAGUGGGAUUGUGUAUAUUAAUGUAAACCAUGUAAUUAUUUGUAUAUUUUCAUAUACUCAAUUUCAAAGGAAUUAUAGUUUCAUAUGAGAAUUUGUCUCGGUGAGCUGAGUUAAAUUUUAUAUUUUAUACAUGAGAGGAAAACUCGAGUUGAAAGCUAGAGCGAAGUUUUAUCCUCUGCAAAUGCAAGAAGUGGUGUUGUAAAAUAUUUGACAAUCUGAAAUGUUUUUGAGAAAACCUAUGGUUUAAGAAGUAAUUGAUUCAAGCACUGCUUUUAUCUGCACUACUGAAUAAUACCAUGAACAAGAUGCACUUUCAUCUUAACGGGUGUUAAGUAUAUGAUGUGAAUUUUAAUCUUGUCACCAAAUUAAAGCUCUUGCUCAAGGAAAAGGGUUCAUUUCCCACAGUUGGUCUGUUGGUAAACAGAACUCUUGCGCACAUUUUGUUGGGCAUGUAGAUUAUGUAAUCUUGAAUGGUGUUGAUAAAUUUUCUUUGAAAAUUCCCUUCACCAGUUUGCCCCAAGUCUGUGCCUAUGAAGUAACUAGUAACAAGAACAAUGAUAUAUCUGCUCUGUUACCUGCAUUUCCAAUUUCUGAGAAGUGUCACAUUCUUUUUGAUAGUAUUGUGGCCCUUAUGGAAAUGCCUAUUCUUUCAAGAUUGUCCAACACUUCAGUCCUGACUUACCAUGUCAUGAGGCAAGAUAUACAUUGUACCAGUAACCUUUUUAAAAAAAGAAAUAUUUGCUUACCUUUUUAAAAAAAAAAAUCAGACAAGUAACAUUCUAGUCUUUAUUGAGAAUUUAAGUCUUGAAUUUUUGGUUCGCUUUUAAAGUGAACUUCAAUUAACAACAAUAUCUGCAUAUUUUAAGAGCUGUUUCAAACUUUCUUUAAAAGUUUAACCUACAUAACAUCAGUAAGUCUGCUUCAUGAUUAAAUGCUCUAUUGGCAGACAAGAGUUCAUCUGAAGGAGAAUAAGUUGUUUCAACAAUAAUUUUGCUGAGCACAAAUUUGGUAACUAUUUGAAGUAGUUACUUCUAUAGUUUCCAACAGUUUCCCUGCAGCCACAUUGUUUAUUAAAAUUCUGGUUUGGGUUUAAAACAAACUAUUCAUGCUGGAAAUGUUUGUUUAUUUAUUUUGGAUCACAUUGUGUGGACUGCACCAAAACUAAAUCAGAAUCUCGUUAUCUUAUGCUAUAUUGGGAUUGGGGGGGGGGGGGGAAUAAGACACUGGAAAGUGUUCUGUGUAAUUUGAUGCCAAUUUGAGUCCAAUUUUAUGGUAAGACUUGAAUUAGUACAUAGAUGUAUAAAUCCAAAAGAUGGAAUAGUUGAUUAAUGUUUUAUUCCUAUUCAAGUCAUUUAUUUACCUUUUUAAAGGAUAAUGCAUUAAGAAUUAAGAUGUAUGUUGCCAUUUAAAAUUGGUAUUUUCCAAAGAAAGCUGGCAUGCUUAUUGCUAUAAGUUUUUAAUUGUACUAUUCCUACAAAUUGGCAGAUUUCAAAAACAAAUAAAAUUCAAUUUGUCUCCCUAA